UUCAAUUAUAAUUUUUAUCAAAAUUAUUACUUUCAUGGCUAGGCAAAGCAAUCUGAUGGUCUCAAAAGUAGGCAUCAUUGGAGCAGGUGUAAGUGGUAUAGCUGUUGCUAAGCAGCUAUCUAACUACAAUCCAGUGGUUUUUGAAGCGAGUGACUCCAUUGGAGGGGUGUGGAAAAGUUGCUCUUACAGCUCUACAAAACUUCAAUCCCCUCGCGGUGAUUAUGAAUUCACUGAUUUUCCCUGGCCUAACAGAGAUGACCCAAGUUUUCCUUCUUAUAUUGAGAUAUUGGAUUACUUGAAAUCCUAUGCUGAGCAUUUUGAUGUGAUGAAGUACGUGAUGUUCAACUCAAAGGUGGUGGAGGUCCGGUUUGUUGGUGGCCGCGAACCAGCUGAUAGCGGCGAACCCGGGGAGUAUGGCAGCCUUUUGCCCGGACUGCCGGUAUGGGAGGUUGCUGUGCAAAGCAAACAAUCUGAUACCAUUCAGUGGUACGCGUUCGAAUUUCUUGUCGUUUGCACUGGAAAGUAUGGAGAUAUACCUAAGAUUCCUGAGUUCCCACUCAAGAAAGGCCCCGAAGUAUUCAAGGGCAAGGUGAUGCAUUCCCUAGAUUACUGCAAGCUUGACAAGGAAGCGGCUACUCAACUGCAUAAGGGAAAGAAGGUGGCAGUCGUUGGCUUCAAAAAAUCAGCUAUUGAUUUAGCUCUUGAGUGCGCUGAGGCGAACCAAGGUCCUGAAGGGCAACCAUGCACCAUGGUUGUUAGGACAUUACAUUGGACUGUGCCCCAUUACUGGGUAUGGGGUUUGCCAUUUUUCUUGUUCUUUUCCACAAGAUCUUCUCAGUUCAUACACGAAAGGCCAAACCAAAGUCUCCUCAGGACUAUGCUUUGCUUGCUGCUAUCUCCCAUGAGGCAUGUAGUUUCCAAGUUUAUACAGUCCUAUCUCCUCCACAAACUUCCUCUGCAGAAAUAUGGAUUAAAACCAGAUCACCCUUUCAUUGAAGACUAUGCAUCUUGUCAGAUGGCUAUCAUGCCAGAAAAUUUCUUUUCUGAGGCAGACAAGGGGAAGAUUGUGUUCAAAAAGGCAUCAAAAUGGUGGUUCAAUAAGGAAGGACUUGAAUUUGAGGACAACACUAAAGUGGAGGCUGAUGUUGUCAUAUUUGCAACUGGUUUUGAUGGGAAGAGAAAGCUCAAAGACAUCUUACCGGAUCCUUUUUGCAGUUUGUUAGAGGAUGCCCGUUCUGGUGUUAUGCCUCUGUACAGGGGAACUGUUCAUCCAUUGAUACCAAACAUGGCUUUUUUGGGAUUCAUAGAGAGUGUUGCGAACCUUCACACAUCAGAGCUGCGCAGCAUUUGGCUGGCACGACUUAUUGACAACAAAUUUAAGCUCCCGACUAUUGACAAGAUGCUUGAACAGGUUUCUAAAGAGAUUGAAAUUGCAAAGAGGACUACCAGGUUUUAUAAGAGGCAUUGCAUCUCAACUUUCAGUAUCAACCACAGUGAUGAGAUCUGUGAAGAAAUGGGAUGGAGCUCCUGGAGGAAGAAUAACAUGUUAUCAGAAGCAUUCAGCCCUUACGGUAGUAGGGACUAUGAACUGAAAUAAGAGUCUAUCGCAAGAACAAUUACGGAAAACAUUCGUUAUGUUAUGUUAUUUUGUUGCGGGUUCUCAUAUUUACAUGUUAAAUAAACUAGCUAGCUAGAAUAGUUACCCUUACAUUGUUGUGAAAUACAAAUUCGUGACCUGAAUGAUUAUUUAUUUUCCUUUUAUUCU